AUGACUCGUUCACUGCGUCUUCGACCUGGUGACUUAGCCGAGUUGUUUGACGGCCAGGGAUCCAUCGUGACCGUCCGAUUGGAGUCGAUCGACCGCCAGCAGGGCCUCGUUCUUGUCGCCACGGAAGCUGCCCGGAAGGUUCCUUUCUCCGGCCCCCAGUGGACGGUGGUGGCAGCUUGUGGCACGCUCAAGGGCGGCCGCUCCGAUUGGCUGAUCGAGAAAUGCACGGAGUUGGGAGCAGUGGGGUUCAUUCCGCUGGUCACGGAGCGGUCAGGGGGGAGGGGAGAGGGGCGGGCGGACAGAUGGGAGCGAGUUUCGCUGGCUGCUGCAAAGCAGAGUCAGGCCAUCCAUCGUCCUAUCAUCCACGACUUCACCUCCCUCGGCGACCUGACAAAGCAGAUUCAGCAGGCCCCUUUCGCUCUGCUGGGAGCGCCCAACUCACCACCCCUGCUGGCAGUAGUCGGGGCCAUGGAUCCUUCCUUGCUGCUAAAAGGGGGGCUGCUUAUAGUGGGGCCUGAAGGAGACUUCACUUCAUCAGAAAUAGAGGUUCUAAAAUCGGCAGGCGCUCAGUCAGUGAGCUUGGGGCUGCAGAGGCUGAGAGUUGAGACGGCUGCAGUGGCCAUGCUGGCAGGUGUCUCUCUAGUAGCGCACUCGUUACAAGAAGGGGGGAGCUGA